AUGAAGUUCUCAUCCCGGAUUCAGGUGAUUCUGUUGGUUGCUUUCAUCUACCCGGCACUAAUGGUCGAGUCGUUGGUUCGACAUUAUAACUUCAGGGUGGUGUUGAAGAGCACAACAAAGCUCUGUUCGAGUAAGGCCAUACUUACUGUGAAUGGAAAGUUCCCCGGACCAACUCUAUAUGCUAGGGAAGAUGACACUGUAAUCAUCAGGGUCACCAACCAUGGCAAUCGCAAUGUGACAAUCCACUGGCAUGGAGUGAAACAACUUGGAACAUGCUGGGCAGAUGGGCCAGCAUAUAUCACACAGUGCCCAAUACAGCCUGGACAAAAUUUCAUCUACAAGUUCACGAUUACAGGACAAAGAGGCACACUUCUUUGGCAUGCUCAUGACUCGUGGCUAAGAGCCACACUACAUGGUGCCAUUGUCAUCUUGCCCAAGCUAGGCACUCCCUACCCUUUUCCCACACCUCAAAAGGAAAGAAUCAUCAUAUUGUCCGAGUGGUGGAAAUCAGAUGUGGAAGCUGUGGUUGAUGAGUCUACACAAUCUGGCUUGCCACCAAAUAUUUCUGAUGCUCACACAAUAAAUGGCCAUCCAGGACCGGCUCCUGGUUGCUCUUCUCAGGGCUUCACUUUACACGUUGAAAGUGGCAAGACCUAUCUGCUACGCAUCAUAAACGCAGCACUGAAUGAUGACUUGUUCUUCAAGAUUGCCAGGCACAACCUAACAGUUGUUGAAGUCGAUGCUUCCUACACGAAACCAUUCCAAACCGACACGAUAUUCAUCAGUCCAGGCCAAACCACAACAGCACUUUUAGAAGCAAACAAAGACAUUGGCAAUUACUUAAUAUCAGUUUCUCCUUUCAUGGAUGCCCCAAUUGGCAUUGACAACUUCACCUCAAUUGCUACAUUGCGAUACAAACACACCCCUCGAAAUUCCACAACAUUCUUGACCAGCAUUCCUCCUCAAAACGCAACCCCAUUAACAGCCACAUUCAUCGACUCCCUUCGAAGCCUCGACUCGAAACUAUACCCUGCUAAUGUCCCAUUAACCAUAGACCACUCUCUCUUUCUCACCGUAGGAGUUGGUAUUAAUCCAUGUGACACAUGUGUUAAUGGUAGCAAGCUAGUGGCUUCUGUUAACAAUGUUAGCUUUGUGAUGCCAACUAUAGCUCUUCUUCAAGCUUAUUACUACAACAUAAAGGGAGUCUACACACUCGACUUCCCACCAAAGCCACCAAACCCUUUUGAUUACACUGGCACUCCUCCAGUUAACGUCCAGGCUGCAAAUGGCACAAAGCUGUAUAGGCUGGGGUACAAUUCGACGGUUCAAAUUGUGUUACAAGACAUUGCUAUCAUACUACCAGAGAGUCAUCCUACCCAUCUUCAUGGGUUUAAUUUCUUUGUGGUUGGGACAGGAUUAGGCAAUUUUGAUCCAGACAAGGACACAAAAACGUUUAAUCUUGUCGAUCCGGUGGAGAGGAACACAGUAUCAGUACCAACUGGUGGAUGGACUGCAAUCAGAUUCAGGGCAGAUAACCCAGGAAUUUGGUUUCUGCAUUGUCAUCUAGAAGUGCACACAACAUGGGGGCUGAAGAUGGCAUUUUUGGUGGACAAUGGGGAAGGCCCAAAUGAGUCUCUGACACCACCUCCUUCUGAUCUUCCAGCUUGCUAG